CCUCUCUUAGGUACCUAACCAUUGUCUACUUACCACAAACUAUUUUAAAAAGACCAAGGUUCCAGAAAAGAGUCCAUUACAACAUGGGGGUUACUAUCACAGAUGAAGUUGCAGGCACUGUGAAUCUCAACCCUGAUAGGCUGUGUGAGCUCAAAGCAUUUGAUGACACAAAAGCUGGUGUUAAAGGCCUUGUUGAUGAAGGGGUUACCAAGAUUCCAAGAUUGUUUCAUCACCCCCCUGAUGAAUUUGUGAAGGCCUCAAACUUAGGCAACACAGAACAUGUUAUUCCUGUUAUAGACCUUGCGAGAGUUGGUGAAGAUCCAAGUUCACGCCAACAUGUUGUUGGCAGAAUAAGGGAAGCAUCUGAGACAUGGGGUUUCUUUCAGGUGGUCAACCAUGGCAUCCCUGUGACUGCUCUAGAGGAACUGAAAGAUGGGGUGCGCAGGUUUUAUGAACAAGAUAAUGAGGUGAAGAAGGACCUUUAUACCCGUGAACAGAUGAGACCCUUUGUGUAUAAUAGCAAUUUUGAUCUCUAUAGCUCCCCAGCACUCAAUUGGAGGGACACUUUUGUGUGUUAUUUGGCUCCUAAUCCUCCCAAACCUGAAGACUUGCCACCAGUAUGCAGGGAUAUACUUCUGGAAUAUGGGACAUAUGUAAUGAAACUGGGAAUAGCACUAUUUGAAUUACUAUCAGAAGCUCUAGGGCUGCACCCAGACCAUUUAAAAGACAUUGGUUGUGCUGAGGGGCUUAUUUCACUUUGCCAUUACUACCCUGCUUGCCCUGAACCAGAAUUAACUAUGGGAACCACCAAGCAUUCUGAUAAUUGUUUCCUCACAGUGCUUCUCCAGGAUCACAUUGGUGGCCUCCAGGUUCUUCACCAGAACAUGUGGAUCGAUAUACCCCCAGAACCUGGAGCACUUGUUGUUAACAUUGGUGAUCUUCUGCAGCUUAUAACAAAUGACAGAUUCAAGAGUGUAGAACAUAGAGUACUGGCAAAUCUCGAAGGUCCAAGAAUAUCUGUUGCAUGUUUUUUCAGCGCAGGUCUUAAAUCAACACCGAAGCUCUAUGGACCUAUAAAAGAAUUAUUAUCAGAAGAGAAUCCUCCCAAAUACAGAGAAACCACUGUUGCGGAAUAUGUACGCUACUUCAAUGCAAAGGGCCUUGAUGGGAUCUCUGCUCUUAAACACUUCAGGAUUUGAGUUUUGAUUGAUGUGGUUUAUUUAGCAUGAUAUAAAUUAGAUAAGUUGGGAACUAUAACAUUUAUCAAACUCGAUAUGAGUAAGGAUAUUGUAUUUUAUUCUUGGAUUGAAAAUUUGUGGUACGAUGGUGUCGUUUGUCUUGUAAUUGAGGCAGUAAAAAGUAGACCUAUUUUCUUGAUCUUAAUAUACAGUGAGGUGAAACAAGAACUCUUGAAGCUA